AUGGAUGGAAUGGAAGAUACUGGCGAUGACACACAAGCUCAAGAUUCUCAACCAGAAGAAGAACCUCUCACAACAGAGGAUAUUACGGCGGAAUUUUUCGAGGAAACAACAAGCAAAUUGGUGAAUAUAAUGAAAGAUUUGCAAGGCGAACAACAAUAUAAUCUUGCCGAUAAUAUUCAACGUCUUUUGUUGGUAGCUCAAUGUUAUCGUCAAUCAUAUUUAGACGAAAAAGAAAAUGUCGCCAAAAUGCAAGUUGAGAUUGAAAAGUCUGCAUCAAAGGUAUCUCAAGCAAUGAAAGUCUCCCAAUCUGAUCAAGAUACAAUCGAAAGCAUGAAAAAAGAGAUUGAUGAUGCUUGGAAGUUGGCUGAUGCUGCUCAAAUUCGUGAACAAGAAGCGCAAGAAAGUAUGUAUGCAAUGCGAGAAAAAUUGGAGAAACUGCAGAAAGAGGCAGAAAAAACAGCUGAUAGAGGAGAUGAUGAGGUUGGAGGAAGCUCAAUGAUGAAACACAAAGAAAAUCUUUUGCGUGAUCGAGAUCGAUUACAACAAGAAGUAGAAGAACUAUCAAAACGCAUGAAUACUCAGAAGAUUUAUACGGAAGACUUGGAAAAGAAACGUGAAGAACACAAAACCCAAAUAAAAGAUUUGGUAAAACAGUUGGAUGAAUUAACUAACGAAGCUUUUAAAGAGAAACGUCUUUUAGAAGCGACACAAAAUCAAUUAAAAGACACAACUGCCGAAAGGGAUGAUCUGUUAGAGUCAGUGAAAACAAUGAAGACAAUUGGUCAACAAAAUCAUCGCACUAUAUUGCAACAACAAUUACAAAUUGCUGCCCAUAAAGCUAAUAUUGAGAAACAAACAGCUACUUUAAACGUAAACGCUAUUAAAUUGGCAAAAUUCAAUUCGGAUUUGGAUAGUAUGGCGCAAUUAAAAGAAAAAGUUACAAAUGAACUAAACACAAAAUUGAAUCUCAUUAAAAUGAAAGAAGAUGAAAACAACAAAUAUCGCUUAGAGAACUCAAAGCUGUCGAAACAAAAGGAAGCCAUAAUGAAGAAAUUAGUGACAACAAUUGGAAUGAAGACUUGUUUGGAACAAGAUAUUACGAAAUUAAAGAAUACAGUUGUUAAUUUUGAAAAAGAGCGAGAGGUGAACAAGAAAGCUCUUGAUCAAGCAAAAAAAUUUUCGGAGAAUUUGAUAAGAGAGAGAGAUAUUGUGAGAAAAGAUCUUGUAAAGUCGAAUAAGCAUAUUGCUGAGUUGAAAGAUCAGAUAAUUCUGAAUGAACAGCAGCAAAAGACCCUUGAAAACGAUUUACGCUCUCGUACAACAUCUGAGCAUAAACUCAAGUCUUUGUUAACGAAAGCAGAAAAGGAGCGUGAAAAACUUUUAGAGGAAACUCAAAAUUUGCACGAAAAGCUUUUGAAUGCGAAUGAUGAAGUGAGUGCUAAACAGACAUCAAUUAAUGAUCAAAAAGACAAGAUAUCUGAGCUUCAGCAGAAAAUGAGUCAAGCUCAACAACUAUAUGAAACAGCAAGAGCGGAACGGGGAACAUUUCAACGAGAACUGCAAAUGUGUAUUGAUGAACGAAACGACUUAAAGGAACGUUUAAAAGCCUGUAUGAAAGAUGUUGAACGAUUGCGAGAGGAUAUUGCAACGAAAGAUAUGGAAAUGAUUCGCGCAAACAAAUUGAUUGAAAAAACGGAAAAGGAUAAGACAGCAUUAAAGGCAGAAAUUCAAACAACUAUUAUUGCACUUCAACAUGCAAAAACUGAGUUGCAAGAGUUAAAAGUACAAAAUAGUCGUUUCCAAAAAACAAUUUUGGAUGACGAAGAUAACAUGAAUAAGAUAAAAAAGAGACUUGAUACAAUCAUUCAUGAGAAAGAUGUAGUUGGUACACAAUUGAUUCGAAAAAAUGAUGAAAUAAACCAACUAAAAGAAAAAAUGGCAAUAAUGCAGUUAGCUCUUGAUCGAGGUGAAAGUCAAUACACUAAACGUCUCGACGAUAUCCGUUUACUCAAGAUAGAAAUAAAAAAUUUACGAUCCCAACGAAAUUUGCUUACUCGAGGACUUUCAAAUACAGCUGAUAUGCGUCAAGAAGUCUUGCAACUAAAUAGAACAUUGACUCAAGAGCGUGUCAAAGCAAAGGCUUUAGAAAUGGAAAUGUUGACACCUAUGAAUGUGCAUCGUUGGCGAAAGUUGUGUGGAAAGGAUCCAGAAAAAAUGGAAUUAAUAGACAAAGUUCAAAAUUUGCAAAAGCGCAUACUAAAUCAGACAGUUAUAGCAACAGAUCGUGAAAAUGACCUUCAUGAAUAUCAAAACUUAUAUGAUUCGUUGAAGAGCUUUGUAUUAAAAUUACCCGGGCAUGACAUGAAAGAACGAUUGAACUCAACUCAAAGAACGCUAACGGCAAAAACUCGCAAAAUGAAGGCACUUGCAGCAGAAUUAAAUACAAAAGAAGAGGAGAUAAAAUUCAAAGAAAUAACAAUCGAUGAACUUAAACGAAGUUUACAAAAAGCUAAAAUUGAACUAACUGAUAUGAAAAAGAAAGAACAAGUGCAUUUAGAUGAAUUUAAAACAGAUGUUUAA